AUGAACCUCAUCAGUGACUCCAAUGACUCUAAUCAGAGCGAAGCAAGUAAUGAUGAAAUUAUCGAUGAACCAGUUGCUAUUGCUGCACUUCUCAUUAAAUGGAACAAGAAGUCAACAUAUGUUCCUUAUCCACGUUGGCUUGGGCUUAUUCUAGCUCGUAUUGAAGAGGGUUAUAACGAAAAUCAUGGAAUCGUCAUUUCAAUUCCAUAUAUGUCUUCAAAGAUCAUCAAUGCUGGUCUAUCCGAUGGAGAUAUACAUCUUACCCGAAAUAUGGAAAAUUGUGUUGCAAAUCCAUAUGUUGUCGAAACUUAUGACUCUGAAGAAGAGGAUGAUGAGGAUAAUGAUGAUGAAGAUAACGAGGAAAAUGAAGACACUAAUAAUGAAGAUGACGAAGAAGGCACUAAUGAUGAAGAAAGCGUUGAUGAUGAAGAAGAUGUUGAUGAUGAAGAAGAUGAAUUUGCCACUGAUAAAGGAGAAGCCUCAGUUCAAUGA